GGCACCAGAUGUAAGUUCAAGGAAGCAGCCAAGCUGGGGUGCUGGCACAGAUGAGCCCCAAGGGGGUGGAGGCAAUAAUUCGCAGACCUGCCUACUUCUGCCUUCCCCAAGCCUUGGGGACAAAAGGACAGGAGCCGUGGAGCCCUGGCGUUCUGCCCACUGCCCCAAGGCCCGCUAAGGGAAAUGAAACAACUGGGGACUGCCUGGUUCUUGCCAUUGCUACUGCUGCUGCCGCCACCCACAACCACGGGUAAAGAAGAUCAUUGGAUAAGUUCGGGCUGUGGUCAGACAUUCCUGAAGAGCCAGCUGAAGGAGCGCAUCGUUGGAGGCAAAAAUGCUCGUGAAGGGGCUUGGCCGUGGCAGGCCAGUCUAAGGAAGAAUAAGGCCCACAUCUGUGGGGCCACUCUCAUUUCCCACAGCUGGGUUCUGACAGCUGCCCACUGCUUUCAGUCGCCCAUCACGAUGUCCCAGUUCCAGGUAGUCCUCGGAGAACUCCAGCUCUUUUCCAUCCCACGCCAGUCUAUCUCAAGGACACUGAGUAAAGUGAUCCUGCACCCAGACUACUCCGGGACAGAUGGCUCGACGGGGGAUAUCGCCCUCUUGAAGCUGGCCCAGCCUGUCUCCUUCACCCCCUGGAUUCUGCCUGCCUGUCUCCCUGAAGUCCACAACCCCUUUCACACUAAUACGACCUGCUCAGUGACAGGAUGGGGGAGCGUGAAGGAGGGAGUCCAGCUGUCCCCACCAUACCCCCUGCAGGAAGCAAAGCUGCCACUGCUCGAUGCCAAGGAGUGUAACAAGAUCAUGAACAACGAUCAGCACAAGGUCACUGAUAAAAUGGUCUGUGCCGGCUACAGGACAGGGGGUGUGGAUUCCUGUCAGGGUGAUUCUGGGGGUCCCUUGGUAUGUCCCAACCUGGGCUCCUGGUUCCUAGUGGGAAUCGUAAGCUGGGGCAUUGGCUGUGCCCAACCCGAAAAACCAGGUGUUUACACUCUUGUCUCUGCCUAUGGGAACUGGAUCCAGAGAUAUGCACCAGAGGUGAAGCUGGGUUCCUAUAACAUCACAGUCCGGAAUGCUGCUGACAUACAGACUCAUGGCCCCCAUCUCACCAGCCUCCUUCUGGUCCUGUGGGGCCUUGCCAACCAUUGCUGAAUUCCUCGUCAACAACUGCUGCACCCCCCCCCCCCAUCCAAAUCUCUCCUUUUCCAAAUCCAUUUCUAGGACUUUCCAUUUCUAAAGAGCCUUUCCUCUGCCUUCAGUGCACUCAGCCUUGCCAGCUGAUGCUCCCACCUCUGAGACUGAGUGUACCCCCCUAUGUAGACACACACACAUACACACCCUCCCUCCCCAACCUGGGCUGGAAUAGAGAUAGUACUUCAGUAUCUAACUCCUCCAUCUCUCUAAUAAAGAUGCCAGGAGAAAGAUUAACAGUAAGGCUACUGGGCGCCAGCCAGGAACAAAUCCCACCAGUUGUCUCUCUUCCAAAGGGGUGUUGCAGAAGAGGGGGGAGCAGUUGUCACUAGAGUGCAGAGCAAAGGGGAGAGGGGAAGCCCUUAAGUAAAAGGAGGAGGCAUGGAUGCAAGCCCUGGACUGUGAGCCAAAAGACCCCAGUCUGAAUUCUAACUUUGCCAUCGACUCAUCUGGCAAAUCAUUUUCCCUCCCUGGGCUUCAUUUUUCUCCUCUGUAAAAUGGUAACCCAGUAAAUUCAAAGACACACCCAUCUCCAACUCUUAUGAGUCUGCAAGGGGUCAAGCUAAGGCCUCCUUCAGGGAACUGAAUGAGAAAAGUAAACAGUGAAUGCCUCAAGUUAUCAGUGUCUGUUUUCAUGCUCAAGGGGAGGACUGCUGUCUCUGCUUCCUGGGCAGAUUAGUGAGGCUUUCCUCAUUAGGCAGCCUGGGCUUGUUGGGGAAGGUAAGGGUGAAAAGUUCA